UUUAAUCUCAUACGUCCUCUUUGUUGUUGUUGUUCAUCGGGAUCCCUAGAACACUCGAUUUCAGCAAAAAUCAAAAUCGGAUUCAGUGAUCAGAGUAAAUUUGGUCGAGAAGAAAUUGAGCGUUGAAGAUGACGGAGGCGGUGAUUAGGAAUAAGCCAGGAAUGGCGAGUGUGAAGGAUAUGCCGCUGCUUCAGGAUGGUCCGCCACCGGGUGGGUUCGCACCGGUCCGAUAUGCUCGCCGGAUAUCCAACACGGGUCCUAGUGCUAUGGCCAUUUUCCUUACCGUUUCUGGUGCCUUUGCUUGGGGAAUGUACCAGGUCGGCCAGGGAAACAAAAUCCGCAGGGCAUUGAAGGAAGAGAAAUAUGCUGCUCGUAGAGCAAUACUUCCCAUUCUUCAAGCAGAAGAAGAUGAAAGGUUUGUGUCUGAGUGGAAAAAGUAUCUGGAAUAUGAGGCUGAUGUAAUGAAAGAUGUUCCGGGAUGGAAAGUUGGUGAGAAUGUGUACAAUUCUGGUCGCUGGAUGCCACCGGCUACUGGGGAACUCCGUCCUGAUGUCUGGUGAUUCUGUAGUUUCUCGCAAAUGCAUAUGAUGAUGAUGAAUGAGUGAAUGUUUCGCUGAGGAUUGAUAUGUUCUUGUUAUAUCUUUUUUUCCAUCGGGUAAUAAGAGAAUGAUUCAACAUACAGUAUUCUUCUUGUAUUGGUUUUGCUUGAACAUUAAUCUCUGUGUGUUUUUCGGCAAA